AUGGAAUCCGAGGAGACCAAGAGCCUCGAAGAUCCCCGCCCCGUUCUCCUCGUCACGACGGUGGACAUUGGGGACGGUGUGACAGGCAGGGUCGAGGUCCGGCUCGGUGACGACCCCGAGGACGCAGCUCGAGCUUUCUGCGCCACCAACGGCCUCCCCGAGUCCGUUGUGCUGCCAUUGACUGCCCAUCUACAGUCGAACCUGGAUCUGGGCCCGCCCAGCGAGCAGGAUGCCGCGACAGGGAGCGUCGCCCCCGCCCAGGCCAUCUCCUGGGCGGACGGGGACGUGCCGGCGCAGACCCCGCGCGACCCCCUGUCCCAGCAGGAUCUGCACUGGGCCCGCCCUCCCGGGCAGGGCUCGCCCCCCCCGCACCCCGACGCCGGCGCCUCGCGGGGCACCGGCGGGGUUACCCCGGCGUGGGGCCCCGGCAGCAGCGCGCCGCCGCAGGGAACCACCUCCUGCGUGCAUGAGCGGCUGUACCAUGAGCACUUCCGGCAGCAGCUGAAGCUGGAGGAGGCGAGGCGGCUGCGGGACCUGGAGCUCCAGCUGCGCAUGGCCCAGGUGCACCUCGACCCCGUGAGCCAGAGCCUGUCGGCCGCACGCACGCCUGACGGCUACACCAACUACGGCGAGAGGCUGUACGUGGAGGGCCGCCUUGAGGCGCUGAAGAGGGAGCAGGCGGCUGCGCGGCGGCGCGAGGCGGAGGAGGCCGCGCAGCUGGAGUGCUGCACGUUUGUCCCCGAAAUGUCCCUCACCGCGGCGGCGAAGCGAGAUCGUGAGGCGCGCAUGGGCUCCCAGGGCCAGAGGUCCCAUGGUCCGACCCUGUCCUCCAAGUUCGAGUCGCGCAUGGCCGAGCUGAGGCGCGCCAAGGCCGCCUCGGAGGUCAAGGAGUGCACCUUUGCGCCGACCCUGAACAGGAGGUCUCAAAACCUGACCUCCCAUAGAUCCUCGGCACUCAAGGAGGCGGGGGUGCAGUACUACGACAGGCUGUACCUGGAGGCGGAGCGCCGGCGGCACAAGCUGGAGGCCGCGGCCUUAGAGCUUCCCGCCCAAGUCACCUUUGCUCCCAAGAUCCUGAGGAGCAGCGUCGUGCUGCGCCGGCUGAACUCGGGGCGUGCGGACGCCGAACUGGCGGCCACCUGCCUGGGCCGGCCGCCGCGCCACCUCUACGGCGUCGCGGCGCAGCAUGCAAAGCGCGCCGCGGCCCAGGCCGAGGCAGAGCGCCGCCGCGCCGAGCGCGACGCCGCCAGCACCUUUGUGAACGCCUCCUCCCAACGCAUGGUGGAGGCGCUGAAGCGGGAACGAUUCGGGUCCAUCUUCGCCUACCUGGCGGGGGAUGACGCGGCGGACGCUGACCUGGACCUCUGCGCCGUCGUGCAGGUGGCGCAGUGGGUCGUCUUUGUUUGGUGGGGGGAUGAGGAGUUCAUGGACACCAUCGACCCAGAGGUGAGGGCCGACGUCGAGUACGCGGCCCGGCUCCUCCAGACAGCCGCCCAGAGCGACGGGCCGGCGGAUGAUCAGGACACGGCGAGCCAAGGUGAUGGGCAGCACCCGCUGGCCGCCAGCCCCGCCAGCCCCGACAGGGAGCUGCAGACCCCGAACGCCGCACCGCAGCGACGGUCCGCGCUUGGCCCCGUCUCCCUGGAGCUUUUCUGCGUGCUGAUGGAGGAAGUGCUGGCGCAGACCAAGGGCAUCGCGCGCACCUACCUGCUGCCCCUGGCACCCAGCCGCAAGAAGUUUGAGGAGCCCACCUUCCAGCCCCAGAUCGAUGCACGCUCCCAGGUGGGUCAUGGGUCGGAGGGUUCUGAGGCACUGGCCACGCGGAGGAGGAGCGGCGCCCCGCCCGCCCACGAGAAGCUGUACGCCACCGCCGGGCUGAUCCAGCGCAAGCUGGAAAGCAAGCGCGCCGCCGCGGAGGCGGCGCGCCUGAAGGUGGGGAGUUUUGGGGAGUGCUCCUUCCAACCCACCAUGAUCGCGCGAAAGGGCUCUGUAAACUCCAAGUCCGGCACAGCCCGUUCCCCCGGCGCAGCAAAGAAGCCCGAUGAGUUGGCUGAUGCGCUGGAGGUGGAGAUCAAGAGGGCCCUGGUCCGGCUCAGCAUGAGUGCCGGGGUGGACGGCGAGAAGGAGGGGGAGCUGGCGCCCCUGGACACCAUCCGAGCUGCACGGGCCAGCCUGGACCCUUCUGCCCUGUUUGGACCACCCUCCGUCCAGCCUGGGCGAGCUGCCCCGGACCUCAAGUGGCUGGAGACCGAGAGCGAGACCCUUGUGAUGGACCUGGCUGGCACCGACGACGUCGCCGCCCAGGAUCAGGGCAGUAUCAUUGUCCAGGGCCAGAGCUUGCUCAGCCUUGCGGCUGGCCCCGUGCCCUCCCACCUCUGA